ACCAUCAAAGCCACAUCCCCUCUUGGUGAUCCGAGAGUUACAUAUAAUCUGGAGGAGGGUCAAGUUCCAGAGACUAACAUGCCAGUUCGUUUCUAUCUGAAGCCAAACAGAGCUGAUGGAUCUGCUUCUCUUCUAGUCGCUGAACCACUUGACUUUGAGGCAACUAAGUUUUUCACCCUGACAGUCCGGGCACAAAAUGUAGCAAUGACUCCUUUAGCUUCCUUUACCACUGUUUGUGUGAACAUAACAGAUGUCAAUGAUAAUGUUCCAUUCUUCGUGUCUUCUAACUACGAGGUGUCUGUGCCAGAAGGAGCUGAUGUUGGCACAUCUGUGGUUCAGGUGUUAGCUACAGACUUGGAUUCUGGCCUACAUGGAGAGGUUCACUACUUAAUAUUGAAAGAUGCUAGUGAGGAUUACCAGUUCUUCACCAUUGACCCUGAGACGGGAAUCAUUUCCACCCAUGUAUCUUUUGACAGAGAGAAAAGAGCCUCUUAUUUGAUUGAAGUUCAGUCCCAGGACUCUUCAGAAUCUGCCAGACCUGGUGUUCCUGGGCAGCCCAACACAGACACAGCCUAUGUAAGGAUUUUUGUCAGUGACGUGAAUGACAAUGCUCCAGCAUUUCCUCGGUCAGUGUAUGAGGUCAACAUAGAUGAGGACAGGGAUGUUGGAAGUCCUGUGGUGACAGCAACAGCAGAUGAUGAAGAUGAGGGUGCAAAUGCCAAACUAAGGUAUCAGAUCACAUCAGGAAAUGUGAAAGGAAUUUUUGAUGUGGAACCUGAGGUUGGAACUGUCUUCAUUGCUCAGCCUCUAGAUUAUGAACAAGAACAACAUUAUGAGCUCCGGCUUGUAGCUUCUGAUGGAAAAUGGGAAAACCACACUCUUAUCAUCAUCAAUGUUGUCAACAAGAAUGACGAAGCACCAGUCUUCACUCAGAACGAAUACCAGGGCAGUGUCUUGGAGGAGCUCACAGAUCUACCUGUACUUAUUCUAAAGGUUUCUGCAACAGACCCCGACCAAGUGGCUGAUCAAAAAGCCAUUAACUAUUCCCUGCAUGGACAGGGAGCCAGCACCGAAUUCAGCAUUGAUGAGAACACAGGUGAGAUCAGCGCAAAUAAAAGGUUAGACCGUGAGAAGCGAUCAACGUGGCGCUUUCUUGUUCUUGCAACAGAUGAGGGCGGAGAGGGACUGACUGGCUUCGCAGAUGUGAUCAUAGAAGUGAGGGAUGUGAACGACAAUGCACCCCUUUUCCUCUGUGUGGUGGACGGCUGUUUCAUGGGCCACGUCCCUGAGGAUUCUCCGGCAGACACUCCUGUCACAGAAAUGACAGCAGUGGACCUUGAUGACCCAAAGGCUGCUAUGAAUGCUGUGCUAACAUACAGCAUCAUCCAGAACGUCCAAAAUGAAAUUAAUCUGAACUUGUUCUCAAUUGACUCAGUUAGUGGCACCAUUUACACAGUGCUUGGGUCCCUAGAUCGGGAGAAGGAAGACAAGUACCUACUAGUGGUUGAGGCCAGAGAUGGAGGAGGGCUCACUGGGACAGGCACCGCCACUAUUUUCGUGACGGAUGUAAACGAUCAUGCUCCAGUCUUCUUGCAAAGAAUCUACACAGCAUUUGUCUCUGAGAAUGCAAGUAUUAACACUGAGGUGGCAGUGGUGUCUGCUGUGGACAGAGAUGAGGGAGAAAAUGCCAUGGUGACAUUCAGCAUCCUUGAUGGGGACAAUGAUCGCAAGUUCUCCAUAGAUACGGAUGAAGUCAACAACUGUGGGUUUAUCAGGCUACGAAAGCGGAUUGACUUUGAGAAGCCCCAUGAGAGGGUGUUCAAUUUGACUGUGAAAGCGGAGGACAUGGAUUUCUUCAGCAUUGCUCACUGUGUGAUCUAUGUGGAGGACUCCAAUGACCAUGCUCCUGUCUUCUACCCCCAGUUCUAUGAAGUGGCUGCACUAGGGGAAGAUGCAGCAGUUGGCACCAAAGUUGUUCAGGUUUCUGCUAUUGACUUGGAUUCUGGCCUUAAUGGAAGGUUUUCUUUUCACCUACUAAACAAGUCUGAUCCAGGUGGCCAAUUCUCUGUGGCUAGUGAUGGGUGGGUGAUGGUUGCAAGACCUCUGGAUCAUGAGACGGUGACACAGUACCAACUCAUUGUCACUGCCACUGAUAUGGGGCAGCCCCUUCUGACUGGCAGUGCCACUGUUUUAGUGACUCUGCAGGAUGUAAAUGACAAUGGGCCAGAGUUUGAGGCUCAUUAUAACCCAGUGGUCUGGGAAAACACACCUGCUCCACAGGCUGUCCAAAUGAAUGAGACCUCUACACUGCUGUAUGCUAAAGAUCGAGACACUGCUGCUAACGGAGCUCCUUUUUCCUUUCACCUUCUCAGUGAUUUCGACAGUCUGACUAACUUCAACUUGCAGGACUUCCACAACGGAAGUGCCUUGCUCACCGCGCUGCAUACCUUUGACCGGGAAGUGCACAAGGUGUUCUACCUGCCCAUCCUGAUCACAGACAGUGGAAUCCCACCCAUGAGCGCCACCAACACACUGACCGUGAAUAUUGGAGACCAAAAUGACCACCCACACGCUGCUGGCUACAUGGAAUGUCUCAUGUACUGCUAUGACGGUAUCCUUCCCACAACUGUACUGGGCCAGGUCAGUGCCCCUGACGAAGAUGACUGGGAUCGCAAGAUCUACCAAUUUGAAGGGAAAACAUCAAGGUACUUUAUCCUUAAUGAUAACUCAGGUUUGCUGACUAUUAAAGAAGGAACUCCACCAGGAACAUAUAACGUAAGAGUCAGAGUCACUGACGGAGUCUGGCCAGAUGUUGUCUCAACUGUAAAAGUUGUAGUGAAGGAAAUCAAGGAUGAUGCCCUCCAUAAUGCUGGUUCUAUACGAAUAAAAGAUAUCAGUCCAGAGGAGUUCAUAUCCCAAUCCCCUGAAAAACAGAGUAAAUACUACCAGAUGAAGAAGCUUCUUGCAGAAAUUAUAUCAGUCCAACUGGAAAACGUUCACGUUUUCAGUGUAUUAAAUAGCCCAAGUCAAACCCCAGGAGUUGAUGUUUGGUUUGCAGUUUAUGGUCCACCUUAUUAUAAAGCAGAAAAACUUAAUGGCAAUGUAGCAGCCUCCAAAGCAUGGCUGGAAAACAUCCUGGAUAUAAAUAUCACCCAGAUUGGCAUUGAUGAAUGUGUGACUGCGAACUGCACUCAUAGCAGCGGAUGCAUCAGCAAGCAUGAAUGGAGUCAUGUGCCAACACUAACCACAGCUGGAGGCACUUCACUGGGGUCUGUGACAGUCCUGAGUCAUGCCCUAUGUGGCUGUGCAGCUCGGGAGAGCCCUCACCUCUCCUGCUCCUCAUACCAGAGAAACCCUUGUCUCAAUGGUGGCACUUGUGUGGAUACUGAUUUGGGCUACAGAUGCAAAUGUUCUGCAAAUUUCCAUGGACCAGACUGCCAGCAGACAAAACACAGCUUCAGAGGCCAUGGUUAUGCCUGGUUCCCUCCUCUUAAGCCUUGCUUUGAGAGCCGCAUCUCCUUAGAGUUCAUCACCGAAGCCACUGAUGGCCUUCUGUUGUACCAUGGACCUGUGGCACGAGGGCAGCCUGGAGAACAGGAAGAUUUCCUUGCUUUAGAGCUUUCUGGUGGUGUCCCGUCGCUGACUGUGAGCCAUAGCUCUGGUGAACUUUUCCUGCAGCUGUCACCAAAAGUUAAUGUUGCAGAUCGCCGCUGGCACAAUAUUAAAAUUAUAAAUGAUGGAAAGAAAGUGAAGAUGAUUCUUGACCACUGCACAAAUGUCUCUGUUAGAGACAAUGGCAAUGUCAUUAAGAAGAUCUUCCAAAUGGAUCUGUCUGCCUGUGAAGCAUCUGGAGAGACUGUGGGAUCUCAAAGCAUGGGUAGGCUCUUCAGUGGCCAUCAACCCCUGCAGCUGGGUGGAGUUAAGAAGACUCUGUCUUACCACAGUUCACAAAGGCACUUCAGAGGGUUUGUUGGCUGCAUACGCAAUGUCAUUGUCGAUAGUAAGGUCUAUGAUUUAGAGCACCCUGCAGAGUCCUUGAACAGCACUCCUGGCUGUGUCCUCACGGAUGAAAUGUGUCAGAGUGGUGGGACGGCCUCCUGUGGGGCGCACGGCAAGUGUGUUGGUGGUUGGGAUUUCUUUCGCUGUGACUGUUCCCCAGGAUAUGCUGGACCAGCAUGUGAAAAAGUUCUUCCCGAAUGGGCUUUUGGAAGGGACAGUUGGAUCCAUUAUGAGCCAAGAAGCAUCCUCAGCACUCACAGCACUCGGAUUCAGCUGAUGGUGCGUACCCGUAUCUCCCACAGCACCCUUCUCAGCUUGGCUUCUGCAAAUGGGAAUGGAUACAUCCGACUGGAGGUGGUUGAGGGUUUCUUUAAUGUUAACUUCAGCUUAGGGGACAAAAAUCACUCUCUGAGAAUGAAGACAUUACGUAUAAACAAUGGCCAGUGGGUUCUUCUGACCAUGGAGCGCUACAACAAUGAAUUUACCCUGCGUGUUAACAGUGGUGGAGGUGAUCAAGAAGUGACCUCAGUCUUGGGUACGAAUAGAUGGUUUGAGAUGGAGUGGGCAAGCAUUGUGCUAGGAAACCGUCUUCCCAAUCAUUCAGAGAGCAAUUUCCAAGGUUGUAUGCGUGAUGUCCAGCUGAACGGUCAGCCGCUGCUCGUGGAAGGCAAAAACACACAGUUUGGCUUAAUUCUGAGGCGGCAAGGUGUCACGAUGGGAUGUCAUUCCAGUGCCUGCAGCAGCCAGCCCUGUUACAGCCCUUUCCUUUGUGUAGACCUGUGGAGAAAAUAUGAAUGCCGGUGUCCAGCUGGGAAAGUAGAAAUGACUGACAACCUUACAGGGCUCAGACACUGUACCUCGUCACCUUGUGGACACUGGACCUGUAGGAAUGGGGGUACCUGUGUAGCUCAAUCCCAAGAAAAGAUUAUCUGCCAGUGCCCUGAAGGUUACAAGGGACGAUGGUGUGAAAUUAGCCAGGUGAAGGCUGGAAGACCUGUUGGACUCAGCUCUGGAUCUAUUCUGGCAAUCAGCAUGUGCCUCCUUGUCUUCCUAGCACUCUUGGUCUCCUACACAGUAUGGAGUCAGUGGGGAAGUUCAGGGUUUCGGAAAGGAGGAAUUUACCACAUUCCUGAAGAGCGUGAAAGCUGGGAGGAUGUUAGGGAAAAUGUUUUCAAUUAUAAUGAAGAAGGAGGUGGAGAACGUGACCAGAAUGCUUACGAUAUAGAUAAACUGAAGAAACCUCUUCAUACCAUUCCCCACUUCUCUUUGAGGGCAGCUGCUUCACACUUCAGGACACGCACUGGCCCAAAAAGAGACUCACUCACAAAACAUGCACAUCAGAAACAGUCAACAUCAGCUGUUAACAGCAUCCCAGACCUCAAGGAAUACAUUUCUCAAAUCAUUUGGGAUGCAGACAAUGAUCUACAAAGUCUUCCAGCUGACACUAUUCAUUUUUACUGCUUAGAAGGGCAGUGCUCUCUAGCAGGGAGCCUUAGUUCCUUAGAUUCCAGUAGUGGUGAUGAAGAUCUAAAUUAUGAUUGCCUCCAAGAGUGGGGGUCGAAGUUUGACAAGCUUAAAGAACUCUAUAACAUCUCAAACGAACAUUUGUAA